GGUCCGCAACUUUCAUUGUCAUCCAAUCUACUGAGGGCUGAAGAGAAUCAAAAGGUCACCAUUGCUUGCAAAGCUACUGGUCAGCCGUCACCUAAGAUCACGUGGUCCAAGGUAAACGGAAGUUUACCUGGAGGCAGAAUCCAUGUGCAAGAUGGAACCCUAAAAAUCUUCAAAGUCACAAAAAACGAUAGUGGAACAUACAUUUGCAAAGCACAGAAUAUUCUCGGUUCGGCGAUAGACAGUGCUCAACUUAUUGUAUACUCUUCUUUGCGGUUCAAAGUCCGUCCUCGACAACAAGUGACUCCUUACUUUGGUUCAACUCUCCGUCUGCAGUGUGCGGCCGAGAGUAACCUGAGUACUACAAUUACUUGGUUAAAGAAUGGCGCCAGUGUACUUCCAGCAAAUACGCAAGUUCUUCAUGGAGGCACUCUAGUUAUUGAGAACACCAGAAAGUCCUCUGAAGGCUCUUACACCUGCAGAGCUAGGAAUGCCCUAACAACAAUAGAAGCUAAAGUUAAAAUCAAUGCUCCGAUUACCGCUUCCUGUUCUGAAGUUAAAAAAUACAUCAGCAGUGUAAGCGGAACUUACGAAAUUGAUCCAGAUGGCGAGAAAGGCCUGGCACCAUUUAAGGCCUAUUGUGACAUGACUGAAAAAGGUGGUGUCGGCGUUACAGUUAUUAGUCACGACAGUGAGAGUAGAACACAUGUCGAUGGAUGUGAACAUAGUGGGUGUUACUCACGUGACAUUCAUUACACAGGAGCGAGUCUGUCUCAGCUGGCAAGUCUCACUAAAGUCUCUUCACAAUGUGAGCAGUUUAUCAAGUAUGAGUGCUAUGAUUCGGUACUCUGGUGGGGAAGCAAUCAAGAAGGAUGGUGGGUGUCACGUGAUUCUGCUAAGAUGACCUACUGGGGUGGAGCGUCACCUGGCAGUGGUAAGUGCGCAUGCGGGAUUAACAACUCAUGUGCAGACUCCAGUAAACGAUGUAACUGUGAUAAGAAUGACGCAAAAUGGCGCGAGGACAGCGGUCUCCUGACUGACAAAACAAAGCUUCCAGUAAAACAGCUCAGGUUUGGAGAUGUGAGGACUGAAGAGGAGGGUUACCACACUCUGGGGGAACUGAAAUGCUUUGGCAUUGCAUAACCAUUAACUUUUACAGCGGACGAAAAGUUUGAAAACUGUCUUUCAUCGGAACUAUUUUUCAAAUGAUCAAUGCUAGGUUCUGUAUAACAUAUUUCGAAGCUCAUUCAAAGGAUCAUGAAGCUCUUGUGUAAUUUUAUUACAGUCAGCAAAAAUUAUAUAUACCAGUAAAUGAUUAUGAAUUUCAGUACUACAAAAGUCAAUUUUGAAACAGUAGGAUAAGAAGUUAGAAAAGUACAUCAAGGGUUUAACUACUUUUUUACGUUUAGAGACAUUUACUCUGUAGAAUUUCUGUGCUAAGCACUGUAACGUUCAAUAGACGGAUAAUCAGAGGAAGCUAGUGACCAGGUUUAUCUUUCAAAUGAAGAAUGAUCCUCGCAGUUGUGAACGCAAUUUAUGCAUUUGCAUAAGAAGCCUGAAAAAAUUCAGGACUUCAAACCCGUGACCUCGCGAUACCGGUGCGAUACUCUAACCAACUGAGCGAUGAAGCCACUGACGUUGGGGGCUAGUUAAUUCACAUAAUUGACCAGCUCCUAUCAUCAGUUGAUUAGAGCAUCGCACCGGUAUCACGAGGUCACGGAUUCAAACCCCGUUGAAGUCCUCCGCAAUUGCAUAAAUUGCGUUCACAACGGCGAGGACCAUUCUUCAUUUGAUUCCAUUUCCGCAGUUCUUAUAUGAUUUACUUCAUAUCCCUAACUUUGAUUCUUAAUUUUACCUAAGAAAAUUGGAAGUAAACUGUAUGGGCGGUAUAAAUCCAGCUACUGUAUUGAUAAUGUGAUUGUGCCCCCACCGGCCCCUUCAUCAUUUUGCCACAAAGUAUGUUUACUUGAUGUGUACCCAAAAUCGUAUGUUUUUUUUAGCCCUAAAAAAACUCAAUUGGACCGUAUAUUUUUUAAUCGUUGCUGUCCGAAUUAGAGUACUGUUUGGUCUAGAAAUGUUAAGAAUUUCUCUUGAGAACUGCUUUUUGUUUAAUAAAAUUUGAAGUCCAACUUGUUCUCAAAUGUUGACGCAACAAAGCAGCUGAUCUGAUGAGUAAAUAGGAACAGGCAUUAUAGUGUUCGUGCUGCAACAGUUGUCUGAAAUAGAGUAUAGUGAAUCGAAUUUUGGAUCAGGGCUGUAACCAAUACAUUUGGGCUUGACAUCUCGUUUGCAAGAGUAUACUGCACCCCUUAACUAACUUUUUCUGCAGUAUUCCCCCCAUUGAGCGAUUAAUUGUGUAAAAUCGUGAUAUUCUUAAAAUGCUUCUGGUGCUAUCUUUCCAUCAGCGACAAAAAAAAAAUCAAAUGUCUUAAAACCCACGUGACGAACUUUACAGAAAAAGCCAAACCUAAAGGGGGCACUUAAGACAAGUUUGGGUGGAGGUGUCCUAUCGACCCCUUCGGGAAUUCGGUUAGACACUUUAUUUUUGCUAUCCCGUUUAAGACAAGAGACCUUUCUGAGACCCCGUUUAAGACUGCAGCCCUCAUUUUAGAAAUACCAAUUUAAGCACUGAAACCCAAGUACCAGCCCCACGGUAUGGCCAGUGCCUUUCGCAUGCGCACGGCCAUAUAACCCCGGCAGUGGCAGCCAUGGGCAACUGUUUCGUUCAUUAUAGCCUGUUCCAGGCUCUCAAGUAGUGGGGAAGACGCGAAAAAAAGGACGCAAAAAGUUGGCGGGGCCCGGUUUCCUCCCGCUUGUUAAGUUUGUGUUCGCGCUUUCUCAAUUCAGCGGAAUUUCUCGCAGUCUGGGAAGGCUAUCCUCCUAGGUUUCCUCUGCGAUUGUCCACCGCACUCAUUACUGCCGACGAGGUUGCAAAAGCAUUCCUUUAAGCGUCAGCUCCACCGUACACAUAUGGUAGCUGUUGGAUGGGAACCGCAAAACAAUUCUCCCACGACAUGCGUAUGGAGAUGGAUCAGAAAAAUUGACAUGUGUGCUAAAUUAUAGCACCCUGUUUAACAUCGUAAGCAUCUUGCCUUGAUUUUCAUUUCACAAACUGAAAGUAUUACUUUUUAAUGUAUAACUGGCAUCAUAAAAUUAGACUUUUACAGAAAAAUGUUGGUACCGCGGCACCAGAAGACCACGCACCGCGUAUGUUUACAACCUGUUUAAGACGCUAAAUCGUAAAGGUUUACCUUUUUACGACCUCCAGACCUUGAAAAACUUGCAUUCCCUUUCGGGUGGCACAUACGCCAAAAGGGGACGAUCCUGCGGGGUUUCUGUCAGUUUCUUUUGAACAAAAGUUUUGUUAAAGAUGGUCGUCCCCAGUCGCUACGGAUCACCUUUUUGGAGGAGGAUAUUUGGUUAAGGAAAGCAGGUGGCACAGAGUGA